AUGGCUGAAACUGUCACGUUAAAAGAUGCUCUGGGAAAUGUGGAAGUAAGAUUUUCUUGUUGUCUAAGGCGUUAUCCAGAGAAAAAUGCUGUAUUUAGUGUGUUGCGUUCUUUCAAAUUGAGUUCCAUAAGUCUUAUCAGUUUCUUUUUUAGAACUAAUUUUGACACCAACUUCGAAGACCGAAACGCUUAUGUGACUGGGGUUUCCAAGUACAUCGAAGAGGCGACCCGUCAUGCUCUGUUUGUGAGUUUCUUGUUCAAACUGCAAAGACUGUUUCAGAAUGAUCUAUUGAACGAAGGUUUACAACAUGCUGCCAAUCUCUAUACAUGGAGAUGUUGCUCUCGCGCUGUUCCCACG